CUUCUAGAUUGAGUUUUGUAAGAUGGCGAUUGACAAAAUUUUGUAAGGACUAGAUGAAGAACAGAGCAUACAACAUAGAAAUGGGUUGAAGUUAGACAGAAGUUACUGGUAAAAAAGAUCUAUUUGAUAAUGCAUAGCCCUGGGAAAGUUGGGAGUACAAUUGCCAAUAAUUAGCCUGCCAACCUGCACAACGACAACUUUCAUAUAUACUCCGGGGGUGAUUGGAUCAUUGGGUGAAAAAUGUUCUUUUAAUGCAACCAACAAGUGAAGGAUUGAUACAAUGUCCUUAUUAUGGAUCUCUAUAAAGAAGUAAUUCAGCACAAAUUGGGGUAAUUUAGAUGCUGAGGCUGUCCAGGACAGUGCAAAGAUGGAGAAAUUGUUUUUGUUGUCUCAAAUGAUUAUAAGAAUAAAGGCAACUGAAGCAGCAAUAACAAGUGAGGAGAUUGAACGCAUAACAGACAGACAUAAUGAUCAAGUAGAACGCCUAGAGUCGGAGAUCCGGCAGUUUCGCAAACAUUCCGGUGGCAGUGAACAAUCCUUCAUGAGGGAGAUCCAGAUACUCGAGGAACGCAAUCGAGAUCUUGAGAAGGCCGUUGGAAACAGCGAGAAACAGCUUGUGGAAGAAAGAAGAAAUCACGAUCAACUUUCUGGGAAAUAUGAACAAGUGGAAAGACAGAAUAAGGAGUUGAAAAGAGAGGUUGAGAGAUGUAAGACGGACAUCAAUGAUUACCAUCGUCAAAUAGAGCAACACCGUGACAGUCUGAUGACACAACAUGGAGGGGAUACUGAACUACGAUCUAAAUUGUCAGAAAAGAACAAAGACCUCAAUAGAUAUCUGGAUGAAAUAAGGUCUUUGUCAGAUGCCAACAGUGAACUGGAGGAUAAAUUAAAAGAAGUCCGUACCGACCUGCAAGACUCCGCCAUGGAGAUGGACAGAAUGACGGAAGAGUACACAAAGUUAAAGUCGGUCUUACAGCAGACUGAUGCAAUUGUUGAAGAAAUGAGAAAGGAACGAGAUGUGCUCAGAGCUCAGGUGCAAGAUCUGAGAGAUCAAGUUGCGUCCAAAACAGACAAUGAUGAUCAGAUUUUAUCUGCUGUGAAUGUCAAAGUCGAGGAAUGGAAGAUGGUGAUCGCGAGUAAGGAUGAAGAAAUCGCCAGCCAUCGGCAAGAAAUCGAGAAACUCCGGAAACAGGCCGCGGUCUCGCAGAUAGACGCAGAUAAACAGACCAUCGUGACGCUACGACGUGAGUUGGAGGAAAAGAACGAGCAAGUGGAAUCCCUUGAGAAACAGUUGCAGGGUGUCUCAAAUGAAAUGAAACAAAUCACAGAACAGAUUGAAGAUAUCAAGCACCAGGCUGAUAAAGGUCUCCCCUCAGCAUUUCAACAGAAACAGAUCAACGAACUUCACUCGACGUUAAAUCGCGAGAAGAUGACGGCGGUUGUCGAGCGUAAUAGAGUCAGGAUGGCCGAGACAGCUGUUGCCGAGAAAGACAAGGAGGUCAAUGAACUGGUGACGAAAUUAAUGCAAUAUGAACGAGGCGAGUAUGGCCUGUCUCAAGCGGUGCAGGAGAUCAAAGAUCUGAAAGCCAAUCUCAGAAUGAGAGAUGAGAAGAUCGAGGGACUUACUUCACAAGUUAAUCAGCUUGGUAUCGCGGUCAACGAUACUGAGACUGAGAACGAGGAGCUGCGUGAAAGAUUGGGACUGGAUCCCAAAGAACCGCUUGAUACCGCGGCAAUCAAGGAAAAGAAAUUGAUCAAAAAUCAACAACAAGCAGCUUUGAAUCGCGUGUUAAGUAAAGAGGUCGAACGCCUGGAGGAAGAGAGAUUGGAACUGAAGAGAAAGCUGAGAAAGCAAGCAUUACACCGUGGUCAGCGGGCUGUUGAGCUUGGAUUGACAGUAGAAGACCUCGCUGUGGCUGAGCUCAGCGAUGAAGGGGAACGGAGCGAACUUCGUCUAACUAAGAUUGCUUCCGAGCCAGCUCUGUCAUCGUCGAAAGCUGACCAACUGCACGCAAACAACAAGCGACUCAAGAGUGAAGUGGAAAAACAUGAACUCGAAUCAAACAACGUAAAAACACAACUUAAGAAACUAAAGUCGGAAAAUAAAGAUUUGAAAGAUGAAAAUCACCAACUGGAAGUUGGCUUGCGAGAAGUGCUCGGACAAUUACGAGAGAACCCGAUGUUACAAUCAGAAGUUGGCGAGGUUUAUCUCCGUGUACCUGCUCUCGAGAAACUCAUUGCGAUGUUCGAGUGCCGAAGUGCUACGGGCCAGUACGAUGUUCACGUCGAACUGCGAGCGAGUAUCGAGCAGCUGGUCGGGCGAAACGAGGAAUUACGACAUGAGUUACAGAGAGCACGCGACGAGAGCACAAACUUUGCGGUACUUGUGGAUAAAAAGGAGACCAAGAUCCGUGAGUUAGAGGUGGAGAUCUCAAGUUUACGGGAAGCUGGUGAAGGUGUGAUCAAGAUUCAACCUUUAGUGCUUCCUGAAGGAAUGUCACCAUCGUCUACUGAAGUUAUCAGUUGUUUGAAUGAAUACCUCACUCAAGCAAUACAAGAAUGCGCGUUGAAGGAGACCCUUCUUACCAAACUCGAGACAGAACUGGAAAACUUCAAACGUAAAUUCGCCGUAAUAAUCCACCAGAAAGGCUUACUUUAUCAAGAUUACCUGAAUGAGAAGAAGAAUUGGGAAAACGAGAUGAAAAAAUACCAGGAAAAAACAGACGAACUGAAAAGACUUCGUGAAGCAGAUGGGGUUAGACUCCUAGAGUACGACCGAUUAAUCGAGAAUCUAGCGACGGACCCUGAAACACUGAAAACUCGUGUAGGCGAGCUCACGCGCAAGAUUACCGUUUUACGCGUAAAUGAGAAGUCGUUAGCACGGAGGUACACCGCAAUGCAAGAGGUCGAGAACUCACUUCGAAGAGAGAAUGAGAAAUUGAAGCGGGAUAUAUUAGACAUGGAGGGAUCGGUGAUGGCUAGAGUGGGAUAUUUAGAGAGAUAUAAAGAGACUGCAGGGUACAAGAUGGCUGUGUUACAGAGAAGUCUUGAUGAGAGUUGCCCGAUGACUGAACUAGAGGCGGUGAACAGGGAGCAUAAUGAAUUGACCGCCAAGUAUAGAGACCUAUUACAGAGGGAGAAUGCUCUGGUUGAACGAUCUAGCAAAUUAGAGAGUUUACAAUCCGACGUCAGCGAACUACAACACGAGCGUGAGCAUCUUAUGAAAGAGCUUGAAAACGAAAAACAAAAGUGCCACACUUUGGAUCAAACUUUGGCCGAUCUGUUAGGGAAGGAUGGUAAGACUGGCACUAGCGACAUCAGAGCUGAGGAGAUCAACAGUAUCUCACGUAAACUCGCAACACUUGAGAUUAAGGAGUUGAAUGAACGUCAGCGAGCGAACCAUGCAUCAAAAAGAUAUGACCAAGUACGAGGAAUUCUCCAAGACAUCGAAGAGCGAAAUAGUGAGCUAGAAAAUAAAGUUGAAGAGCUGACGAGGUUAAAUAUCGAAGCUCAACGAGUCGAGCGGAUGCUACGCUCAGAGCUCGAAGGCGUGGUCACCAAGGACCUGCACGAGGCAGUUCUGAAACGACAGCGCCUCCUGGAAGAGGAAGAAUCUAAGCUUAAAGUAGAAAUGAUGAGGUUGAAAGAAAUUUCCGAAGUUGCGUCACAUCAGGCGGAAGCGCUCCGGGCCCAGCAGGAGUCACGUGACAAGGAGCUGACGUCACUACGGAAACAGUUGUAUGAUAUUCAGAUGGAGAAUGAUGAUAAAACCAUCAUUGGUAAGCUUCAUCAUCACAUCGUUGCGUUACAAGUGAGUGAAGGAAUGGCCAUCAAGAAACUAGAAACAGCUCAGUCUAAGGUUUCCAAACUUGAUGCCCACAUUCUUCGCCUGGAACAAAAACUUGACGAGAAAGAUCAAGAUCUUUACCACGCCAAGCUUGAAGCAAGAAAUAAAGCGAAAUAUCUGAAACAGACCAUUCAAGACUUAAGACGACAGUUUAGUGGAUCCUUACCACUCUUGAAACAAGAAAGAUUUGCUGAUGCCAUGAGAAAUCUGCAAGAAAGCAAACUGAAGCUGCAGCAAGAUCUUGAUAAGGCACACAACGAUCGUGAGCAAGUCUCAUUACAACUUGUGGAACUCAAAAUGAAGCACACGAACCUCGAGGAAUUACUGAGUACACUGAGGGACGGUAAGGGAGCGACUAAGGUUAUCGAGUGGCAAAAGAAGAUAGAAGAGAUCCGGAUUGCAGAUCUCAAAUUGAAUAGAAAUAUAACGAAACUUCAUGAACAAAUCAAGUUCUUGGAGAGUUUGAAUAAAACUCAGGAACAUUCUCUGGUGAGACUGGAGGAAGAGAAUGUUAGAAUGGCCAAGCAUCACGAAGAAAGGCAGUUACUCUGGGAUCAACGCGAAGUGGAGCUCGAAAGAUCUAUAGCCAAGCUCGAACAACAGCAAGCUGAUAUGGCCCAGGCCGCUUUGCGAUUCGAGGAAGCCACAGGGUCAGUCCCAGACCCCAACCUGCCGAUCGCAAACCAAUUAGAGGAGGCGAUCCGACGCAUUAAAGAUCACGUUAAAAUAAUAAUUGGUUGUCGACACGAAAAUAAAAACUUGAAAACGCAAGUCGCCGAAAUGAAGCACGCUUUAGAGGAACACGAAACGAAAAACACGCAAAACGCGAAAAUUAUCAAUGAGCUUCGCUUGAGGUUGCCUGUGAGCGAACGGCUGGCAGUGACCGAGCAAGUGGAGAGUCUAGUGACUAGGCCUCAGGAUUAUGAAGCUAAGAAAGCCCUGCAGGUGGCCCAGUCUACAAUUUCGAGUUUGCAACAGAUGAUUACAAAGAAGGAAGAGUCCAUAUUAAAAUACCAAGAACUUCUUAAGGAAUCACGCAACGACCUUCAAGCUCAAACACAACAACACAAAGCCGAGAUAAAACAACUUCAAGAUCGUUUACAACUCGAAGCUGACGAAGCAUUACGUAAAUUUAAGGCAGAUCAACAUGACGUAAUCAACCGCGCGAGCAGCUCGCGACCUGGGAACAAUGAAAUAAAAAGACUUUCGGAACUUGAGGAGAUCGCAGCCGAACAAGAGAACGCGCUUGCUGCGGCCGCUGAAAAAUACAAAAGGACUAGGGCUGAAAUUGGGAAAAUCCAAGUCGAAUGCGAGGAUAGAGUUGCGGAAAUAACAAGAAAUGCGGAACAGAGCGUCGCAAGAAUGGCGGGAAAAGUUAAAGAGCUUGAAAAUGAACUCGAAUCACGAGAACAGAAUUUACGGGACCGUACAAAAGAGAACGAAGCUUUGGCGGAAGAACUCGAAGCUGCCCGAGAGGCCAACGCCCGCGCUCCGACCAGAGCCAUGAAGUCUUUAGUUGAACGAUUACGUAAUCAGCUUAUGAUCAAAGACAAAGAACAGAAGACACUUAGUAAAGCUCUGAGACAACUGAGGGCUGAUAUGGUCUCCGCUGCAGAGGAAAACCUGCGAGCAAAUACCCAGCUUGCGGGCGAGGAAGUUAAUGUGCAAAUGAUAGUAGCGCGGGAAACGGCUGAGUUGCGUGAACGCGUGGAAGGAUUGAGCUCUAGACUUGAAAAAAUGAAAAAUGAUGUUAAGAAAUAUAAAGAAAAGGAAGUUCAUUUGAUGGAGGAAAAUAGUAAAUUGAAAAAGGAUGUAGAAAAGAAGAAGUCGGCGCUUGUUCAAAUGGCAGAACAACAAGAACGUCAUGAAGACGACGGUCGCGAAGAUGUUAAAGAAGAAUUGCGAAAUGAAAGAAAGAAGAGACACGAGUGUGAACAACGUGUGGGGGAAUUGGAGAGAAAAUUGCAAAGAAUACACGAGAAAUAUAAAGAAAACGAAAUGAAAGAACAGGAGGAUAUCAAGAAAGAAGAAAAACAGAAGAGCCAGAAAGUGAGCGAGGAAGUCUUGAAAUGGGAGGAAGGAAAGAAGUGGCAGCAUAAAGUAGAAACUUUGAAAACAAAGCUGAUGGAAAAAACUAAGGAAUUGGAAAAGGCUGAAAAAUCUUUAACCUUAUGUCGUGAUGCUUUGAACCGAGGAGAUAGAGAGAAAACAAGUUUACAGAACAAACUAAAAGGCGUUUCCUCUCGCUCGGCUGCUGACUCACCGAUAUUACAUCGUGAUGAAGUCGUCCAAGAUUUGAAACAGAAAGUUUUUGACGUCGAGAGCGAGAAUCAAGAGCUGCGAGAAAGGCUUGCCCUGGAUCGUGAUGUUCGACAACAGGAGCUUGACCUUCAGAAUAAAGACUUAAAAGAAAGACUAAAUCUCCUUGAAAUACAACUACGACACACUCCACCGGAAAAGGAAGAAUCGAGCGUCGUGGAUAAAGAAAUAUAUGAAAACCUUGUGAAGAGAAAUAAAUCUUUACAAAAUCAACUACUUGAAGUUCGAAAGGAGAACAUGGAACUUCAAUUUAAUCUGGAACAAGCAAAGAAAGAAAAUCCUCGGCUAAAGGCUCGCGUUGCCGACCUUCAAGAGUACGUGGAUAUUCUUAAAUCCGAAUUGGAGGCAGGCAAAAAGAGAGAGAAAUCUCGAAAGAAAGGGACGGGGAUGGGUGGUCAAAGUAUUGAGGAUAUGGAGCGAGUGAUAGCGGCUAUGAGACGCGUUGUGGAGAGAUUGCAGACUGAGAAUGAUAAUUUGAAAAAACAUCCUGUUUCUGGUGGAAGCCAACUGAAUGAUCUAACUAAAGAAAAUAAAAGACUCAAGCACGAGUUAAGCAAACUCAAGCAAGGUCAUCAGUCUUCGGUCAAAGGAUCGGAGCUGGCAAAAAGUUCUUCCAAACUAGCGAGCGAGCAUGAUAAGUUGAGAAAGGAUUUGACCAAGGAGAUUGAAAACAAUAAGACUUCGAAAAUUAAAAUGGCAGGUCUUGAAAAUACUUUGAGCGAAAAAGACAAUUACAUUGAACAGUUGGAGCAGAGAUUACAGGAAGCCGAAGACCGCGCACCAAAUCUAGAGGGCCUGGAUACUAAACAGUGGAAAUCUGCGGUUGUUACUCGUAUGUUUGAACAGAAAUUAAAAUCGAUGGAGGGUGAACUUGAGAAAAAGACGAAUAUGCUGAAUGACAUCAAGGAACAUCUGCGAGGAUCUGGGGAGAGAGAAGCCAAAUUACUCAGGAAGCAAUCUGAAUUAGAAGAAAAGAUUGCCAUUCUUGAGAGAUUUCCAACAGAUAUUAAUCUAGACAGCGAUAUUGUAAAAGAAAUGCAAAACAUGAGACUUCAUUUGGCUAGCGUUGAAGCCGAGAAGAAUGAGCUACAUUCUCAUUUGAAACGAUUAAAAGAAAUGAGCCAAGCGGAACAAUUACCUGCAGACAUGGAUCAAGAUGAUGUAAUGCAUAAGCUGUCUGACUAUGACAACACAAUGAGGAAAAACACAGAACUUGAAACUAGACUGAAGACUACUGAACUGGAAAGAAAUAGACUAAACUCGGAAGUCACUAAGUUACGCAAAGAACUCGAAGCAUUCGAUCCAGCAUUUUUUGAAGAGAUCGAAGAUUUGAAGUAUAACUUUCAAAAAUCUGUAGAACGUAAUGUACUUUAUGAAAGACAACUUCGGGAACUCUCUAGACAGUUUGGUGUUCAUGUGACGAUACCCAGUGACGAUGACCAUUAACACCAAAUAGUGGAAGGUACUCUUCAAAACGCGAGGCGGUUGCUUUGCCUCAUUAAUGUAUGGUCACGUCUUGAUGAUAAGUGGAGGUCAACUUAAGUUGAAAUGAGGGGAGCGUUGAAAUAAGAGAUAAGUAACGAGAUGGAGUGUGAAAUGCGUAGCCUUGAAGUGAGGGAAGAGAGGGAUAGGCAUCUUUAAGUGAAAAGAGGGAAGCGUUGAAGUCAGAUCGGUAAACUUGGAUGAAUGGUGAAUGCACAGAUAGUCGUAUCAUAAACCUGUUAGGUUUGGAGGAACAGAAAAUUACAACAAAUU